GCCAUAGUGACAGAAGCGUCCGCCGGAAGUGAGGAGGAAGGGAGCGCGAUGGCGGACGACGCGAUGAAAACAGAUGUGCAGCUGCCUGUAGCCACAGACCUCAAGAAACCUCGUCCAAAGAAAGCUCCUGAGCUUCCGAUUCUGGAGAGGAGAAACUGGCUUAUACAUCUGCAUUAUAUCCGCAAAGAUUAUGAGACCUGCAAGGCCGUUAUUAAAGAACAGCUGCAUGAAACCCAAGGCAUGUGUGAAUAUGCUGUGUAUGUGCAAGCUCUGAUCAUGCGGUUAGAGGGGAAGAUCCAGCAGUCUCUGGAGUUGUUCCAGAGUUGUGCCAUCCUCAACCCCAAAAGCUCAGACAACCUCAAGCAAGUGGCUCGAUCCCUUUUCCUGUUAGGGAAGCACAAAGCCGCUAUCGAGGUUUAUAAUGAAGCAGCACGUCUCAAUCAGAAAGACUGGGAAAUCAGCCAUAAUCUGGGCGUUUGCUACAUCUACACCAAAGACUUCAGGAGUGCCGAAGAACAGUUAAACUUGGCAUUGCAGCUGAAUAAACACGAUCUGACCUACAUGAUGCUGGGAAAAAUCCACUUACUGCAGGGCGACACAGAGACAGCCAUUGACGUCUACAAGAGCGCUGUGGAGUUUUCUCCAGAGAACACAGAGCUGUUGACUACACUGGGACUGCUGUACAUGCAGCUUGGGAAAUACCAGAAAGCCUUUGAGCACCUCGGAAACGCUCUGACAUACGACCCCAAUAACUUCAAGGCCAUCCUCGCGGCCGGCAGUAUGAUGCAGACUCAUGGAGAUUAUGACGUGGCCAUGAAUAAGUACCGUGUGGCAGCGUACUCUGUCCCUGAGAGCCCGCCGCUCUGGAAUAACAUCGGGAUGUGCUUCUUCGGCAAAAAGAAAUAUGUGGCUGCCAUCAGCUGUCUGAAGAGGGCAAACUAUCUGUCUCCGUUUGAUUGGAAGAUCCUAUAUAAUCUGGGUUUGGUUCAUCUCACCAUGCAGCAGUACGCAUCAGCUUUCCACUUUCUGAGCGCCGCCAUCAACUUGCGGCCGCGCAUGAGCGAACUCUACAUGCUACUGGCCGUUGCUCUGACCAAUCUGGACGACGCAGAUAACGCCCGCAGGUCUUACGAGCAGGCGCUUCAGCUGGAGGAGUCAAACCUGCUGGUGAACCUGAACUUUGCGGUGUUCCUGUAUAAUCAGGGCGAUAAGAAGGCCGCCCUGCUGCAGUUUCAAGAGAUGGAGAGAAAAAUCAACAUUCAGGUGGACAAUAACAGCAACACUGAGUUUGACCCAGAGGUACUGAACCAGUCUUAUUCUGAGCAAAAUCUGGCCAUUUAG